AUCGAUAAAUCAAAUAAUAAGAUCAAACAACUCAAAAAAAAAAAAGAUAAGCGUCGAUGAAACGUAUGCAACGUGGGAAUCUCCAACGCCUCGUCAAAAGUAUUAACAAAAGAACAAUCGGCAAUUGCAUGUACGAUGACAUCAAGAAGUGGAAAAGGCUGUUGCUGGUAUCAAACAGAAAUUAUUUUGCCCCCGAAAGGAAAAGGUGUUCAUAAAAUAACAAAUAUUUUAACUGAACUAUCAUUCCUUCGUGAUAUACAAAUAGGUGUUUGUAAUAUUUCCUUAAAGAAUACCUCAGCAAGUUUAUCUAUAAAUGAAUGCUGGGGCGACGAUGUAGGAGCUGAUAUGGAUACAUUUUUGAAUACCGUUGUUCCUGAAGAUGCACCGUACUUGCAUACCAUUGAAGGUCCAGAUGGCAUGACUGCUCAUAUUAAAGCAAGCUUAAUUGGUUCUUCAGUGACCAUACCUAUUACUGAUGGAAAACUUAAUAUGAAUACAUGGCAAGGUAUUUGGUUGCUAGAACAUCGUUAUCACGGUGGACCUCGUACAUUAAUUGUUACUGUACAAGGCUGCAUAAAAGAUUAGUUUUACCUUUUUCAAACAUUUUAAAAUAUUUUUUAAUUAAAUAAAAUUCUAUGCGUUACUUAAAAGAGUAUAAAGGGAAAUAUAGGAGGGUAUGAAACUUUGAUUUUAGAAGAAUAUAAUGUAUGGAAAAACUUAUUUUUAAACAAAAAUUUCUAUUAUUUA